AUGGAAGACGCAACAGUAACUCCAGCACCUGAAAAUUCUGUUAAUCAAGAUGAACUUAUCCUUCAACAACAACGGAGCAUCGAAAAAGAGAUAUCGGAAUCAAUACCUCUUAUUGGUGAAAAAGAGUCACUGAAAGGUCUUGAACGAGAGUAUGAAGAAGACCCAGUGUAUUUAUCAAAAGCUAAAGUCUUGGGAGAGAAAUAUUCAUUCAUAAGACGUACCAGACCAGAUGGCAAUUGUUUUUUUCGGGCAUUUAGUUACGCUUACCUUGAAAGGCUGAUCAAUAACAAAGAGGAGUAUGAUAAGUUUAGGGAUCUUGCUUUUAAGAGCAAAGACAAUUUAGUUGCUCUGGGAUUCCCUAAAUUUACUGUUGAAGAUUUUCAUGAUACAUUUAUGGAAGUUAUUGAUAAAGUCGGCGGUGAUACUGAAACCAGUCAUGCAGAGUUACAUAAAUUUUUUAAUGAACAAGGAUACUCUGAUUACGUCGUUGUAUAUCUUAGAUUAAUAACAUCUGGUCAAUUACAAAAAGAGGCGGAUUUUUAUCAAAACUUUAUUGAAGGAGAUCGAACAGUCGUUGAAUUUUGUCAUCAGGAAGUGGAACCAAUGUACAAAGAAUCAGAUCAUAUUCAUAUCAUCGCAAUGAGUACAGCAUUAAACACCGGAGUGCGAGUAAAAUACAUGGACCGUGGUGCAGGUACCGAAGUUGUAGCCCAUGAUUUUCCAGAAGGUUCAACGCCAUCAGUUCACUUGUUAUAUCGACCUGGUCACUAUGACAUUCUAUAUCCCUGA